AGGGAAAAGAGAAAAGCUCGCGGGAUUGCAGAAGUUUUACCCAAAAUUUCGCUGGAUCCGCUGGGGCUGGUGCAUGGGCCACCACCAGCAAAUUGAAAUUCUCACCGCCCUUGUUUUUUCUCGCUUAGGUAGGGUUUCUUAUAGCGCUAGGCCUGUUCGGGUUGUUCUGCCACCGCCAACCGCCUGACCCCCGUCAGGGCAUUCUUGCCCACUCUUUUUGUUGGUGUGUGCAGGGCAGCGGGCUUUGUGAAAUUUCGUUUGGGAUUAUUGCGAGAGACGGAUUCAGAGAGCUUCCCUUUGCCAACCACUCCGACUAACCACCACCGAAAGACAAUUCGCCAAACACAGCAGUCACGAUGCCUCCCAAGUCCAAGACCGUCCGUCCCGCCCAGGAGAACAUCUCCUUGGGUCCUCAGGUCCGCGAGGGCGAGCUCGUCUUCGGCGUUGCCCGUAUCUUCGCCUCCUUCAACGAUACCUUCGUCCAUGUCACCGAUCUUUCCGGCCGUGAGACCAUCUGCCGUGUCACUGGUGGUAUGAAGGUCAAGGCCGACCGUGACGAGUCCUCCCCCUACGCCGCCAUGUUGGCCGCCCAGGACGUCGCUACCCGCUGCAAGGAGCUCGGCAUCACUGCCCUCCACAUCAAGAUCCGUGCCACCGGUGGUAACGGCACCAAGACCCCCGGCCCCGGUGCCCAGUCUGCCCUCCGUGCCUUGGCCCGUUCCGGCAUGAAGAUCGGCCGUAUUGAGGACGUCACCCCUACGCCCUCCGACUCUACCCGCAGAAAGGGUGGUCGCCGCGGUCGUCGUCUCUGAGCGCCCGGUUUUACAUCAUUACCUGGG